AAGGUUGCUAGGCCAAGCAGCAGAAGCCUGAAUUGCCAUGGCACGGCGUAGCUCCUUCAGCGAGAGAGAGAAUCCAGAAGGCGGCUGCCAUAGUGAAAUUUUACUGUCCAGAGAGAGGCUUUCUUCCGCCGAACUUCUCCAGUUUGACCGGCGACCAAAUGCCCCACCGGUGUGGCCAGCUGUCCUCACAAGCUUCUUGCACAGUGUGAGUCUCGGUGCUGCAAUGAUGACCUGGCUAGAGGUUUGCAAAGAGGUAGUGGGUUCCGGAGGAGGGAAAGAGGAUACUGAAGCACAGACCUACUAUGGACGACUGCUCGCAGUGAAUGGAGUUUGUGAGCUCGUUACCAGCCAGCUUGUGGGAGUAGCAAGCGACAAAUACGGCAGACGCAGUGUUCAGAUCGCAGCACAAUUGGGACAGGUCGUCGAUUACCUUAUGGCAGCACUUUGUCUACCUCCUUCAUUUGGCUACUUGCCGCAAGUUCAACGAGUGAUGGCAUGGACCGGGCUGUUCGCCUCUCGGGGAGUAGCUGGACUGCUUGGAAACUACAAGGUGACUUUACAGUCAUACACAUCGGAUAUUUCUGGAGCAGAAGAAUGCCCCCAGCGCAUGUCAUAUCUUGGAGCGGCCAUGGUGGUUGGCAUGUGCAUGGGCAGCAUGGUCGUUGCCAUUGUGGAGAAGAUGCAGCUAUCAUUCAGGGCUUGCUUUUUGACGGCAACCUGCAUGAAUGCUAUGAUUAUUGUACUGGUUUUCGUGAAGUGGCGGGACAUCGCACCCAGAAAGAACUUUACAUGCAGGGAGACCAACCCUUUUGUUGGUUUGCAUGUCUUGCGAAUCAACCAGGCUAUGGCCAUAACCUCAGUAGACAAGGGAUGAAAGGGGCUGAUGUCCAGAUAGCUGGAAGCUAUAGAGGUUCUCACUUCUCUCACGGCUAGGAGUUUGUGAUGGGAAACAACACUCAAACUUCAGCUUAUUCGGGGUGGGUCCGCGGGCCAGUGCAGCAUCAUGGAUCACAGAGACUUCAGAGUAAUUAGAACCUACUUUAUAUAUCCUUAUGCUGAUAUUUAAUAGCAUCUCAUACCGACUGGCAAGGCCAGCCUGUUUCCCAAGAGCAGCAGCCCCCCUUCCCGCACCCUUUUUGAUUGUGCAUUGUGGUACAGUGUGGAAGAAGUGCAGCUGAAGUUUGUAUGUUGU